UCUGUUGACUGAUGCAGGGCACCUUUGUUUCAUACUGAUUGAGUAUUGCUUGCUUCUAUUCGAACAUUGAUCUAUGAUCAUGUCAUUGCAAAGCCAAGCCAUACUGUUGAUGACUCAUUCUCUGCCUGCGGUGUUUUCUGUAGCAUUUUUCCAUGCUUCAUCCUCUGCAUACAUCUCCCUCCUAUUAUAUUUGACAGUUUAGGCAUCGGAUUUAUCUAUGCAAUUUUGUUUGGUCAACUAUGUCAAUCAAUGCCAUUUGUUUUCUCGUUGACACUCGAAACGCUUCUGUGGCUGUUACAGAAGAGACCAAAAGCGCCACCCACCUUUCAUGCCGCAUGCUCUCUCCGUGUCCAAAGGCCCUCACUUUCCACCCCCAGACGUUCGCCUUCGCGGAGUUGUCAUCGUCGCAAUGGCGUCCUUUUGGAGAGAGGUCAUUCUCACAAGCUCUCCCAACCAUCCGAUCACCGCCCUCGAUCCGCUCACCGGAACCAUCCGCGCCCGCUUCUCCGGCAGCCACACCCCUCGGAAGGGCCUGACGCUCGUCGGUGACGCCCUCAUCGCCGCCUCCCACGUCUCUGCCACCGCCUCGGGCUUCAUUCGAUUGUACGACCGGUGGACCUCCAACUUGGUGCACUGCCUGCCAACGCCUGAGCCGGUGGCCUCCCUCGUCGCGACUCCCGACGGAUCGUACCUCUUUUCCGGUGGCCUCUCGGGCUUUGUUCACGCUCUCAUUCUUCCCUCCGGUGAUCUACUGCGCUCGUUUCGUGCCCACCGCCAGCCUGUCUCCUGUUUGACUGUCAACGACGACGGCUCGCUUCUGAUCUCAGGUGGUGAUGACGGCACGAUUGUAGUGUUCCCCAUAAUUCGACUGCUGGAUGCCGCUUCCGGCGAUGAUGAUUCCGCCCAACUUGCUUUGUGCCGGUUCGCUGCACACGACUUGUCGGUGACCGGUGUCUCUUCCGGACCAGGCGGCUGCAAUGCGACCAUGGUUUCGAGCUCCCUCGAUGGCACAUGUAAGCUUUGGAGAAUAACAGAUGGCAGCCAUCUACGAACCGUGAAGUUCCCGUGUCCGAUGUGGUGUACCGUCAUGGAGCCCACAAGCUCUCACAUCUACGCCGGAGGAGCAGAUGGGAGGGUGUACGCGGUGCCGCUGGUGGCCAGGCGACGUCGAACACCACUCGACGAGGCAGAUGUUACGGCGUGGGAAGCAGAGCAGAGCGGGGCAGUGACGGCACUGGCAAUGGCAAACGGGAACCAGAAUCUAGUCUCAGCUUCAGAAGAGGGGCUCAUAACUAUCUGGGAGACGGAGCACGGAUCGAUCGUACGAUGCUUUGGGCAUGAAGGCGGAAGCAUCGGAGAUCUCCUGGUGGCUGGAGGAGGAGCUACUGGAUUCAGAGCAGCUCGUAAUGGAGAUGAAGCACGUCCAUCCCCUGGAGGAGGGUUCUGUAAGAGGGAGAUGAGUAGGAAGAUCACCGAGGCGAUGGAGAUGGAUGAAUGGUUGAGAGUGGUCAUGAUAGAUAAGCACCGGGCCGUCGACAUGCUCGAAACGGCGAUCGGAAGCUACCGGAAGCUCUUAGCUUUGCUUCUCAGGGAGGCCAAGAGAGGCAUCAACGAAGAAGAUGCUACGGACGUGUACCAUUCUACAUCUGUAUGAGAUAUGAAUGCAAUGAACGAAGAGUACGA